UUUGUGUGUUUAGGACGUGUUGCUCCUUGCCUGACUGCAUUUCUCCCCCCUCUCUGCUCCGACGUGCAAGUCUCCUACCGUCACUCCACUUUGCAAGGAUGCUCCCGUUCCAGCCAGCACCAGGGCAGUUUGGGCCAGAGAUCCGGGAGCCGGGCCUCAGGGUGUGGCGGGUGGAGAAGAUGAAGGCGGUGCUGCUGGAUCCCUCGGAGGUGGGAGCCUUCUUCAACGGAGACUCCUACUUGGUGCUGGAGAACCGCGGCGUGCUGGGAGCUGACCUGCACAUGUGGAUAGGUGAGAAGUCGUCCCGGGAUGAGCAGGUGGCCUGUGCCAUGUUGGCCACGCAGCUGGACAACUUCUUGGGCGGUGACCCCAUUCAGCACCGGCAGGUCCAGGGCUACGAGUCCCCGGAGUUCAUGACCCUCUUCCCCAGGGGGGUCAGCUAUAAGGAGGGGGGUGUGGAGUCCGGCUUCAGGAGGGCCCAGGGCUCUGGGACGGUGCACAGGUUGUACCAGAUCAAAGGGAAGCGUAACAUUCGUGCCAAGGAGGUGGAGCUGUCCUGGGAGAGCUUCAACAAGGGAGACUGCUUCAUCUUGGACCUUGGCGAGACGAUCGUGUCGUGGAUCGGCUCCCAGGCCAACAUCUUCGAGAAGCAGAAAGUGCGCGAGAUCGCCUCGCUGAUCCGUGACACGGACAGACACGGUAAAGCCCGCAUCGUAGACAUCGUGGAGGGGGAGGAGCCACCAGAGAUGCUCAAGGUGCUUGGAAAAAUGCCAGCGCUUGCAGAGAGCACUCCAGAGGAGGACAGCAAAGCAGACGUCUCCAACUCGGCCUCCCUCUACAAAGUGUCGGAUGCAACAGGUUCGAUGACGAUGACCAAAGUGUCGGGGAAGAGUCCCUUCGCCAAGGAGCUGCUGCUCCGUGACGACUGCUUCAUUCUGGACAACGGGGCCAACGGAAAGAUCUUUGUCUGGAAAGGCAGCGGAGCUAACGCUGAGGAGAAGAAGGAGGCCCUAAAAAUGGCAGAUAACUUCAUCCAGCAGAUGAACUACCCCCGGAUGAAAACACAGGUGGAGAUUCUGCCACAGGGAAGGGAGACUAUCAUCUUCAAGCAGUUUUUCAAUAACUGGAAUUAAAGCCCUCACCUUGAACCUGGUAGUCUUUAUCUCAGUCUCUGUCAAAAAAAAAAAAAUAAUAAUGACAGCACCCGUUCCAUGUCGACAAUCAUUUUUUACUUGUAUGUACAUAUUUGUAAGGUACUAACAGAGCAUUGCCUGGUUGAGACUUUAGGUAGAAUCAGAGAUUAAUGUAAUGCCAGUUUUAUACUUAGAAAAAUGUUUUAACUUAACAAAUCCCGUUUCCCUACAGAGAAGUGUUGAAGUGUCAUCUCAUUUCAUUCCAGAUAUUAUUUUUCAAAUGUCAUCCGCUGCUACAGAGGUCUUUUUUUUUGUGACUGGAAAAGUCGAUUAUCUUUGUUUUUGAGUGAUCUCUGGCAGCUUCACUGCUUCACAACGCCUCACAUCCCAGAGUCUUCCUGUAAACGAUUUAGCUCAGUUUAGGGAUUUUUUUUUUUUUUUCGUGACACCCAGCUUAACAGCAUAGAGGGAAAACAGAGGCCUGUGUCUUGCUUUUAUAGAACUUUUCUUAAAAAAAUAAAUAAAUAAAAGGAUGCAUCAUAAAGAGAAAAACACCCAGUACUGUUAAAUCUUCUACAUGGUCUUUAACUGUUGUUUUUAAAGCCAAGAAGAGCCUACAAUAAAUCAGUAUGGAUUUUUUUUUUUUUUUUUUUUUUUUGUUACAUUUGUUUAACAGUAUCAGUCGUGUAUUUUCCUGCAUUUGAGAAUAUGAAAAUAAAUCCAAAACUGAGUCUACUUGUACA